AUGUUCGAAGAUGACUUAGAUAUCGAUCAGGAAUUUGAAACCUCACAACCUGCUGCCAAGUAUGAUUGUCCACCCUCACAGGCCUCACCUACUCUGGGCGACAAUGAGUAUUUUGAUCGCGAGGCAGACGCUGAUAUCAUCAUGGGCAUGGAUGAGGAUCCUGUUGACAGAGACAGCCUCUGGGAUGAUUCGCCCACUGUUCGCAGAGAUUUGUUUGUGAGUGUGUCGAUCCUCAACACCCACGCUGAUCAAGUCGUUGCCCACUCUUCGCAGAGAAGAGUGAGUGUAUCUGUCCUCCAAGCUCGAACCAUGCUGAGUCAAGUCAUUGCCCACCGUUCGCAGGAAGUCAGUGUGUCGACCCUCAUUCGAGCAACAGCCAUGCUGACUCUCCAAGUCGUUGCCCUCUGUUCUCAGGAUGAUGAAGUCAGUGUGUCGACCCUCAUUCGAGCAACAGCCAUGCUGACUCUCCAAGUCGUUGCCCACCAUUCUCAGGAAGCUCACAUGGGUGUGGGUAAGGGUGCGGGUGCGAGUGAGGUCUCCGACACCUUAGGGUUUACCUGUAUAGAUCCUUAA